GUCUUUUCCAUUUGUAGAUAUAGGUGUCAUGAGUGGAGCAAUCAUAUUCAUGCAGGAGGAUCUGAAGAUAACAGAGGUACAAGUAGAAGUUCUUGUUGGGAUUUUGAGCAUUGUUUCACUUCUGGGUAGUUUAGGUGGUGGAAUAACCUCAGACGCCAUUGGUAGGAAAUGGACCAUGGCCCUGGCAGCCAUUGUCUUUCAAAUGGGUGCUGCUAUAAUGGCUCUUGCUCCUUCCUUCAAAGUACUCAUGAUUGGAAGACUGUUUGCUGGGAUUGGAAUUGGCUUUGGAGUCAUGAUUGCCCCUGUAUACAUCGCUGAAAUAUCACCAUCCAUUGCCCGUGGAUCUCUCACCGCCUUCCCUGAAAUUUUUUUGAAUCUGGGGAUCCUUCUCGGCUACAUCUCAAACUAUGCAUUUUCAGGAUUCUCAGCAAACAUAAGUUGGAGAAUAAUGCUUGCUGUAGGAAUUAUCCCUUCAGUAUUUAUUGGGGUUGCUUUGUUUGUCAUCCCUGAGUCUCCCAGAUGGUUGGUAAUGCAGAACCAGGUUGAAGAAGCAAGAACGAUCUUGCUAAAAACAAAUGAGAAUGAGAAUGAGGCAGAACGGAGGCUGGCAGAUAUACGACAGGCAGCAGGGAUGGCUAAUUCAGAGAAAGCUGUGUGGAGUGAAUUCUUGAGGCCUUCCCCUUCACUUCGGCAAAUGCUGAUUGCUGGUCUUGGAAUCCAAUGUUUCCAACAGAUGACAGGUAUUGAUGCAGCUGUGUAUUACAGCCCCACAAUCUUUAAAGAAGCUGGGAUCAGGGAAAAUGGUACACUUCUUGCUGCAACUGUUGCUGUUGGGUUUACCAAGACUUCUUUCAUCUUGGUUGCUAUCUUUCUCAUUGACAGAGUUGGAAGAAAGCCACUUCUGUAUGUGAGCACAAUUGGGAUGACAGCAUGUUUGCUUGUAUUAAGCCUUGCUCUCUCUUCAAUGGAACAUGGAGAAGUUACAGUUGUGCUGGUGAUUUUUGUGGUUUCUGGGUAUGUAGCUUUCUUCUCAAUGGGAAUUGGCCCAAUUUCCUGGCUAUUGCCAUCUGAAAUUUUCCCUCUGAGACUGCGAGCUCAAGCUGCAGCCCUUGGGGCAGUAGGGAACCGAAUAUGCAGCGGCCUGGUUGCCAUGUCUUUCCUUUCUGUUGCUCAUGCCAUCACAGUGGCAGGAACGUUCUUCAUCUUUUUUGUGAUCUCAGUCCUCUCCAUCAUCUUUGUUUAUGAAUUUGUUCCAGAAACAAAGGGAAAAUCCCUAGAGCAGAUAGAGUUGCUAUUUCAAAAUGUGGGAGAACACAAAGGUGAAGUUCAACUAAGAGAUGUAGAGCGUCUACUGCCAAAAGAACGACUGCUUGGGGUUUAGUUUCAUGAUGAUAACAUUCAAGCAGUUAUAAAAGCAUGCAACUGGCUGAAAAAUGAUGCAGUCUUUUCUUCAAGAAAAGUGAUCCAAUGAAAAUCCUGCCACAUUUUGGAAGUACAGGAUUUAAAGUAGAACCCUUGCUGCUACAUUUAAGAGAUAAAUGACUUAAAGAGAUGCAGAGGUCAUUUUUUCCUGAAGUUAUAUUCUUGUAGUUUAGUAUAAGCUUACAUGACUUUAUUCAGAUUUUGAUGUGCAUGUCUUCUUCUGGGGCUGUAUGCUUUGAUAUUUGUAUGUAAAUGAGACAUAAUACAUGAUUCUUUCUUCAGGUGCAAACUGCACAGGAAUUUAUUCAGAUUUUGAUGUGCAUGUCUUCCUCUGGGGAUGUAUGAUUUGAUAUUUGUAGGGAAAUGAGUCAUAAGUUUACAUGAAUUUAUUCAGAUUUUAAUGUACUUGUCUUCCUCUGGAGC